ACGUGCCUGUGUUUUCAUGCGUGUUGGAAACAGGCGGAUCAUGGAUGUGUCUGUAAACUGUUAAUCAAGAUUUUGCCUGCUUUUUGCUGCCGUGUAAGGAAUCCUAACUGGAUAUAAUAAUCUUGUGGAUGCUAAGACACAUUAAUACAGACAGCUCUACUGUCAUUAACCAUCUGGUGUUUCUUCUGCUUUGGGAUUGUCCACUGAGGAGACAUAAAGUGAGGGCAUGUGGACCCAGGACAGAACGAGUAUCUAUCUCCAGCACGACUCCCUGUGAACCAGCCUCCACACUAAAGAGCAGAGAAGCAUUUACUGCUGUAACCGGUAGGAUGGUAGCUGGGGAAGUGAGUGGGCACAGCUUCCUGGUGGCAUGCUGGCAGCCCAUUCUGAUCUUAAUGCUGGGCACAGUGCUGUCUGGCUCCACCACAGGCUGCCCAUCGCGCUGUGAAUGUAACCCUCAGGAGCGCUCUGUCAUGUGCCAUCGCAAGAAGCUGAUCUCCAUUCCAGAGGGAAUCCCUUCAGAAACGCGACAUUUGGACCUCAGCAAGAAUCGAAUCAAAACCAUCAACCCUGAUGAGUUCUCUGCCUUUCCAAACCUUGAAGAACUGGAGCUCAAUGAAAACACGAUUUCCGCUAUUGAGCCUGGAGCAUUUAACAACCUCUAUGGCCUACGGACUCUGGGACUUCGCAGCAACAAGUUGAAGCUCAUCCAGUUGGGUGUGUUCACAGGCCUCAGUAACCUCACAAAGUUGGACAUCAGUGAAAAUAAGAUCGUAAUUCUGCUGGACUACAUGUUCCAGGACCUCUAUAACCUGCGCUCACUGGAGGUGGGGGAUAACGACCUUGUCUUUAUAUCCCACCGAGCAUUUCAUGGCCUCAGCAGCUUGGAGGAUCUCACACUGGAAAAGUGCAACCUGACCUCUGUCCCGACAGAGGCCUUCACGCACCUGCACAGCUUGGUUACUCUGCGUUUACGAAACCUCAACGUCAACAGCAUCAGAGACUACAGUUUCAAGCGACUCUACCGUCUCAAAGUUUUAGAGAUCGGCAACUGGCCCUACCUGGAUACAAUGACCACCAACUGCUUGUAUGGAUUGAACCUCACAUCUCUAACGAUUACCAACGCAAACCUGACGUCAAUUCCGUACUUGGCUUUGCGACACCUGGUUUAUCUUCGGUUCCUCAACAUGUCUUACAACCCCAUCCAGAUGAUCGAAGGCAACAGGCUUCAUGAUCUGCUUAGGUUGCAGGAGUUCCACCUGGUGGGUGGUCGACUGACAAUGAUCGAGCCGUACUCUUUCAGAGGACUCAACUAUCUGAAAAUCCUGAAUUUGUCCAGCAAUGCCCUGACCACCCUGGAAGAGUCUGUAUUCCAUUCGGUGGGAAACCUGGAGACCCUUGCGUUGCAUGAUAACCCACUGGCGUGCGACUGCCGUCUGCUUUGGGUCUUCCGACGUCGCUGGCGACUCAACUUCAACCGCCAGCAGCCCACCUGCUCUUCACCCGAGUUCGUUCAGGGUAAAGAGUUUAAAGAUUUCCCUGAUGUCCUUCAACCCAACUACUUCACAUGUCGCAAGUCAAGGAUCCGAGAACGGAAGCCGCAGCAGAAAUUCGUCGACGAAGGCACCACUGUCCACUUCGUGUGCCAAGCAGAUGGAGACCCAAUGCCCGUCAUCAUGUGGCUAUCCCCGCAGAAACAGUUCAUCACCACCAAAACAAUUGGACGGCUUACCGUUUUCCCCGACGGAACUCUGGAGGUACGCUACGCUCAGAUUCAGGACAAUGGAACAUAUGUGUGCAUUGCUAGUAACGCUGGUGGAAACGAUACCGCAUUGGCCCACCUUCACGUCCACAGCUACUCCCCAGAUUGGCCCAAUCAACCCAACAAAACUUUGGCAUUCAUCUCCAACCAACCAAACGAUAAUGGAUCCAACGGAACGAGAGCAACAGUCCCGUUUCCAUUUGAUAUAAAGACGCUAAUCAUCGCCACCACCAUGGGUUUCAUUUCCUUCUUGGGUGUGGUUCUGUUCUGCCUGGUUCUGCUCUUCCUCUGGAGUAGAGGCAAAGGCAACAGCAAACACAAUAUUGAGAUAGAGUACGUCCCACGCAAAUCGGACGCUGGGAUGAGCAGCAGUGGUGCCGAUGCCCCUCGGAAAUUUAACAUGAAAAUGAUAUAAUCCAGUCAGGGAGCUCAAAGGACCCUUUCAAAAACAGACUUAUAAAGACAGAAACAAAAGAAUCCCUGCCUGAAGAACCUCUGGCUCUGGAGAGAGCUCCCCAUAGAGGAGGCGUAUUUUCCCUCUCUCAAAUCAAAAGACUGAUGUGCAGCACAAGGGCUUGUGCUUUUGUUUAAUAUUGAACACGAGAGAGGGGAAAAAUGUACCCUCAUGCGUACUCCUCUGUGAUGGCCGCUUAAACUCCGCCUACGGGGACCAAAGGAUUUUGUUUUAAAGUACUUAAGUUUCUGUGGAUUUUUAUGGGCAAAAAUGUGAAAAAACAAACAGAACCUCCAAAAUGUUUUGUGUCGACCUCCAGAAUGCAAAGGCAGAGCAUCUGUAUCCCUGCUGCCUCGCAUCCUCUUAGUUUGUUUGUUCAUUUAUUUCGUUUAACCCAUUUGUUUGAUUUUUACUAAAGCAAAUAGUUUUAUGAAAGAAAAACAUGGAAAAAUCAGGGGUGAAAAGCACAUUAACAAAACUAACAGCUGAAUUUGCCCAGUAUCUUCUUCUAUAUUAUGUUAAACUGCACAAUGUGGAAUAUAAUAGAUUCUGUUGGUUACAAUUCCUGCCAUAUAGUUACAGAAAAGUUUAUAGGGCAACUUUAAUGGAACAUUUCUUUCUUUGUACAUGUACUCUGCUGUAUCUUUUCACUUUGCUUUGGGAUUUCUGUUUUAGUAUUAUUUAGAUGUAUUUGUUGAGUAAGUUGAGGAGUUGUCAUUAAAGGAACAUUGAAGCUUUGUAGUGACACCUAGAUGAACAGGUACAAGUUGUUUGGUGUUGGAUUAAUGGCAAGGCAAGUGAAAUCAGCGGCAAUUAUGUGAUAUUUUUUUGUGUGUGUGUGUAUAGCUUUGAUUUUAUGUAGGCUGCAAUGAGCAUAUCUGUUGUGCCUGGCAUAUUUUAACCCAUUUACCACAACACAAUGUCAGAUUCUUAUGUAACACACUAAUAUCCUCUGUCAAAGCUUUGAAUCAACAAGUUUUAUUCCCCCGAAUACAACAUUGAGACUGUCUAGCUGUGUUUGAGAUUAUGUGAGUUUGUGACAGAAUCAGUCAUUUCAUAAAAAGAUGUGUUCGAAAGCCCAAAAUUAUCCUCAAUUGAUACCACUGCAGAAAUUGUCUCAGACGUUAGCACGUCAGUUCAAAGUUAUCCAGCACAUCUAAGGAGGCAAGCAGUGCUGAUUUGGUAUGUUUGUAAUAGCGCAAUGCUGAUUGUGUCAGGCAAAUAUCGCUAAGUUUUGUAAAUAAUGUGCAUAAAUCUAUAAUGAGCCUAAUUUUCAUAGAAAGGAAUUUAAAAUAAACUGGAUUGCUGGUGGUUAGUAAAUAAAAUACAGGUUUUUGCACUGAAAUACCGCAUACAAAAAUGCUGCAACAGUUCAGGGAAGUCCAGCUCUCUGUUUAGUGUGUGGUUAAUCUGGGGCAUGCAGGCCAGUUGAUUUCUGUAGAGCUGUAUUAGUGCACUUGAUUUUGCUGUAGUGUGGAUGGGUUUCACCUCGCUAAGUGAUUUGUACUGCUGACUGAAGCCACAGAUGGUAGAAUUGCACAGAUGGUUUAACCCUUACUGAUCCACUUUAGUUAAUCUGUGACACACACACUCGCACAUAGACUCCUGAAUCUCUCUGAUCCUCUGCCUCUGUGUUCUACCUGCUGUUUCCAUCCCAUUACGUCUAAUAAAUCUUUAUCUGACCGCUGCCCUCUCUGACAUUCAACCCAGGAUGAUAAUGUGUAUUCAUGUGGUCCAUAAUAUUAUUUAUACUGAUGAAAAAAAAUUUAUAAAAGAUCUGAGGUGAAAAAAAAAAUCUAGUAUGACAAAUGUUUAAACUGUUCUGUGCAAUAAAGGUAAUAUGUUUGUUUUUUUCUUCUUUUUUUUAAUAACGAAAUUUUAUUGAUGUUGAAUUGUUAAAAAUAUGGUAUGUUGUAUUAAACAAUCUA